CUUCUGUCCUUAUUCUGAUCCGUGAACCUAACUCACACAGGGUUUUCAGAUUGCGAAAUAGAUGAUGAGAUUGCUCGAUGCCCACUGUCACCUGCAGGACCCCAGAAUUUUCAGCAAGGCACAGCAGAUCAUAAAAACCACACAAGCCACAGGCGUUGUGUACUUUGUCGUUAAUGGGGUCUGUGAACAGGAUUGGCACUCUGUGAAGCACAUGGCCGAAACAUUCCCUUGCGUCAUACCUUGCUUUGGACUCCAUCCAUGGUAUGUGAACGAACGGAGUCCCAGUUGGUUCAAAACGUUGAGAGAGUAUUUUGGUUCUACACCAUCUGCUGCAAUUGGAGAGAUUGGCUUGGACAAAGGAUCAUAUGGAAGGAAAAUUGACUUUUCUGAGCAGGUUGAAGUAUUGAGGCAACAGCUUGAACUUGCAAAAGAGUUGAACAAGCCAGCAUCUAUUCAUUGUGUUCGUGCUUUCGGUGAUCUUUUUGAGCUAAUGAAAUCUAUGGGGCCUUUUCCUGCUGGGGUCAUUCUUCAUUCUUACCUAGGUUCUGCAGAGAUGGUUCCUGAAUUUUCCAAACUUGGUGCUUAUUUUUCCUUCUCUGGGUUCCUUAUGUCGCUAAAAGCAAAUAAAGCAAAGAAAAUGCUGAAGAUGGUCCCUUUUGAUAGGAUUUUGUUGGAGACAGAUGCACCUGAUGCACUACCAGUGUCAAACAUAGAUUCUCUUCAUUUUGUUGAAGGAGAUACUUGUCUCACUGAAGAGUUUCUUCAUGCUUCAACUUCUGGUUCUUCCCUCGGUAACUCAUCUCAUGUCUCUGCAAAUGCAUCGAAGUUGCCAAAGGAUAUGCUCAAUCAUCCGGCAAAUAUUCAUAAUGUACUUGAUUACGUUGCAUCUAUGCUGGAAAUUACGAAAGAAGAACUUGCUGAAUUAAGCUACCAGAAUGCAGUCCGGUUAUUAUCCUACGACGGUUCCAAAGUACUUCUAAAGUAGACAAAACACAGGUUCUUGUAAGAAACAAUUCUUAUCUUGGAAAGUUUUUGCUUUAGGAAGUUCCAACUAGAUUUCAUCAAAAUACGAGCACAGAUAGAUUACAGGAACAGUUUGCUAACGUGUAUGAUAUUUACGCUGUAUGGCUGUCAGUUUAUUACAUUCAAUAUAUCUAAAUUAACGGUUCCAA